AUAUUUCCAAUUAACUCCAAAUAUUUAACCUUAUUAUUAUUUGGUUGGAGUCGUGACUUAAGCCGUUACAGAAUUCGUGUCAUGGUUGGCUAGGUUUUGUCGUGUAUAAAUUUCCGAGCCCUCCGCGAACGCUCUCACCGCUCUUGGUUGCCUCCUGCGUCGCCGCGCUUACACGCUUAACCCUUCCUUCCUACGACGCAAGCGAAAGCCCUCGACUGCCGACAUGCCUGCUCUUCUCUCCGACCCUCUCUCCCCUGAGGAGCUUAAGGGAUCGAAGAAGGCGAAGGUCUCUGAGAAGAGCAAGAAGGAUAAGAAGAGGAAGGCCGAGGAGGAGGAGGAGGAUAAGAGCGACACCACGUCCGAGUACUCAUCGGAGGUCCCUGAGAAGAAGAAGAAGAAAAAGAAGAAGGCGGAUGCUAAUGGUCCUUCGCCGAAGAAGAUGAAGCUGAAGGAGAAGGAAGAGGAGACGGAUGAGCCGGAGAGCUGUAGUGAUGUGGAUGACCCGAAUGCCUUGUCCAAUUUCAGGAUCUCGAAGGCCUUGGUAGAGGCCUUGAACUCGAAGGGCAUAAAGGCCCUGUUCCCCAUCCAGGCCAUGACGUUUGAUCUCGUACUUGAUGGGUUUGAUUUAGUGGGUAGAGCUCGGACUGGUCAGGGUAAAACCUUGGCUUUUGUAUUGCCUAUAUUGGAAUCGCUGACAAAUGGAAGGCUCAAGGCAUCAAAGAGAACAUGUUAUAAGAGGCCUCCAAGUGUUUUGGUACUACUUCCAACUCGAGAACUUGCUAUUCAGGUACACUCAGAAUUUGAAGUUUAUGGUGGGGUAGUGGGGUUAUCGUCAUGCUGUGUAUAUGGCGGGUCUCCUUAUCGUGCUCAAGAAAUGUCCAUAAAGAGAGGGGUUGAUAUCCUUGUUGGAACACCAGGACGUGUAAAAGAUCAUAUAGAGAGAGGAACUCUUGACCUUAGAGCUUUAAACUUCCGGGUCCUUGAUGAAGCAGAUGAAAUGUUGAGAAUGGGUUUUGUGGAAGAUGUGGAACUAAUUCUCGGUAAGGUUGAGGAUGCUAACAAAGUUCAAACACUUCUCUUCAGUGCUACCUUACCUGAUUGGGUGAAGCAGAUUUCCUCAAGAUUUCUUAAGGAAGAUAAGAAAACAGCUGAUCUUGUUUGCAAUGAGAAACUGAAGGCGAGUGCUACUGUUAGACAUCUUGCUCUUUCUUGUUUAAAAUCAACAAGACACCAAAUUAUUCCUGAUAUUAUUCGUUGCUAUAGCAGUGGUGGUCGAACCAUUAUUUUCACUGAGACGAAAGAAUCUGCAUCUGAGCUUGCAGGAUUAUUGCCUGGGUCAAGAGCAUUGCAUGGAGAUGUAAUGCAACAACAACGAGAAGUUAUACUAACCGGAUUUAGGUCAGGCAAGUUUUUGGUUUUGGUUGCAACAAAUGUUGCAGCGCGUGGGCUAGACAUCAAUGAUGUGCAGCUGAUUAUUCAGUGUGAGCCCCCACGCGAUGUUGAAGCUUACAUCCAUCGGUCUGGGCGAACUGGAAGGGCUGGCAAUACUGGUGUUGCAAUUCUCCUUUAUGAACCCAGAUAUAAGUUUAGUGUUUCCAGAAUUGAAAAGGAAUCGGGUGUUAAGUUUGAGUACAUAUCUGCACCUCAGCCUGCUGAGAUUGCUGAAUUAGUUGGAUCUGAAGCAGCCAGUGCUAUUUCAAAUGUCUCCGACAGUGUUAUUCCAGUUUUUCGUUCACAAGCAGAACAGCUCUUGAGCACUUCAGGACUAUCGCCUGUAGAUUUAGUAGCAAAAGCACUUGCUAAGGCUGCUGGGUUUUUGGAUAUAAAAAAGAGGUCACUGCUCUCAUCUUUGGAGAACUACGUGACAGUGAUUCUUCAGACAGGAAACACUAUCUAUUCACCAUCGUUUGUUUUCAGCGUCUUAGGGAGACAUUUGCCUGAAGAGAAGAUCCAAAAUCUCGAAAACGUCUCUCUUACUGAGGAUGGUUAUGGUGCAGUGUUUGAUGUGCGUGCUGAUGAUGUCGAUGCAUUUCUUGAAGUUCAGGGCAAGACCAGCAGCAAUUUUAGUAUUGAGGUGCUGGAAACAUUGCCUCCACUACAAGAUAGACAAAACAGAGGCACCAACUCAGGGCGAGGAAGGUUCGGCCGUGGUGGGGGUGGUUUCUCCGGCGGCAGAGGUGGAUUCUAUGGCGGUAGAGGUGGUGGUAACAGAUUCUCUGGCCGAGGCAAUCGUGGAAGAGGUCGCGGUGGGGGAGGCUGGAACAAUUUUUCCCAGAGGAAUUGAGAAGAUAACGUAGUUUGUUGUUUCCAGCCAAAAUCCUUAGCUGGAAUUUUUUUUAAUGAGAAAUUAUUGAACCUAUAUUUGUUCGUGAAAUGUAAUGUUGCCCAACAAUCUUAUAUAUUCUUACUCCAUUGUUCAAAAA